AUGUUUAAAAAAAUCGGAAUUAUUCUCACUAUUGUUUCAACUGUCCCAAAAGUUCUUAAUUUUGUUCAAACUAAAUUCUAAUAAUAUUAACAAUCAUAAAAAGUACAAUGUUUAUAUUAAUCUGACGAUGUAGAAUAAUCUACAGUAUUCUAAGGUGAUAUAACAUAAGAAUAGAAUAAACAAAUAGUUUUUAAAAAAAUGGAAGAAGUUUAAAUAUAAAUAAUAGAGUUUCUUGAUCAAUAUAAUUUUUAGAAAUUAUAUAAUACGAAAUAGAUAAAACAACAUUUUUAUAAUGAAAAGAUGGAUUUUUGUAUGAUAAAUUUGUAAAAAAUCGCAAAAGAUUAAUUUUCGAUGUUCACAACUGAAUUAGGAACAACAAAUGAAGUUAUAUGGCUUAAUGUAGCCAUUACUAAAGUAUACUACUUAUUGAUUAUAUAUUAUUAAGGCAAGUUUAAAUAGAUAAAUAAAGAUGAUGAAUUUCUAUUAUACUUUCCUGAAAUUCUUGAGUUCAUAUAAAGUACUAUAUUAAAAAGGGCAAAAUAAUGCUUUCCUAAAACUUAUGAUAAAUUGGAAAAACUUCUUGAAUACUAUUGUCAAGGUAGUAUUCAAAAGAAUAACUAACUGCAUGAUCUGAAAUAAUAAUUUCAAAACAAUUAUAAUGUUAAGCAUUAUUAAAAGAAAAUAUCAGAAAUCUAUAAUAAUAUUAUUGAGAAUUAUAAUAUGGAAGCAUUGGAAAACAUAAAAAUUAAAUAUCUUUGUGAAGAAAACUUGGAAACCCGUAAUAAAUUCAAGAUUUCUGAUGUUCUGUUAAAUGAAGGUCACAAAAUUAUAAGGAAGACAAUAAAAUUUGAAAUCUUAAAUAGUCUACAAAAUUACAAGGAAAGAGAUUUUAAAAUUUUGAAGACAAAGGUGAGAAAUAUAAUUUUGAAAUAAAUUCAUGAGGACAGCUUUGUGGGGGGGAUUGCAAAUAAAGAAAUCAAUCAAAAUCUUUAACUCAUUAUAGUUUCAUAGUUUUGCAGACUUGUAAAAAUUGAUAAUCCGAUUAUUGAGAUUUUGAUAAAAGAACUGGAAAAAUAAUAUGAAAUUAAGGACAGAAUAUAAUGGUUCUCAUUAAUAGAUCUCGAAGAGGAUUAACCUGUAGACUUAAAAGAAAAAAUCAAAAGUUUCCAGAACAUGGUUGAAAAAGCACAAACAUGGUAUGAAUAGAACGUUGAUGAAGAAACUAAUUUGUUAGUUAUCUGCUAGCUUUACAUGAUAUUGGCUAAUUUUAAAUUCAAAAACUAGAAGAUAUAUUUUGGAGAAUAUGAUUCAGAAGCUAGAAACUCACUAUUUAUUAUUGUUGAAUAGCUAAAGGACUUAGAAUAUGGUUAUUUUAAUCAUGAGAUAUUGAAGCUGUGCGAAAGUUUGACUCAUAAACUUCAAACAAAAUUUUUUGAAGACAUAGAUAAAAAGAUUUAGAAGGAAUAACAAAAUGGAUAUAAUAGUGGGGAAUUGUUUAAACAAAGAAGUGAAAUACUUAUUAACGAUACACCCUAUCAUUUCCUACUACAGGAUACGUCUGUUAGUAUCUUAAAAAGUCCUACUGCUAUAGGAAAAGAGUUUCAUUAAUAACAUCAAUUAUUUGAAUUAAUUUUGAAAUCAAAAUAGCCUAAUCUUGAAACCAAUUAAGAAGAAUAAGUACUAACAGUUCGUAUUCAGUUCUUAGAAAUUAAGAAGCUGAUAAUGAAUUAAAAGAGACUGGGAAAUUAUAAAUUUGUUUAAACUUUGGAGGAACCAAAAUUAUUUUAUUUUUCACCACUCUCCACAGAUGAAAACAAUUCAAAUGUUAUUACUUUACUGAUCUCUGGGUUUCUUAGUAAGAAUAGCGAUAAAUAGGAGUUAGGAAAGCAUUUAUUAAAGAAAUUGUCUGGCACAGUUAUUGCAUUGAAUUGGGAAACAAAAGAGAUAAAAGACUUAGUAUUAUAAAUAACAAAUUUGGGUGCAAAGUAGGAUAAAUUAGAAAUUUUAGACCAGAGUUUAUUUGAAAAUCAAUUUAUUUAAGCAACUCAAGAAGGAACAGUAAUUGGUAGAUGUUUGGCUCAUUUUUUGGAUGGAGGAAAUGUAUUUGGAAAUAGAUAAAUAAACAUAAUAUGUCAUUCUUUAGGUACUUAAAUAUUACUUGAUUGCGUGCAUGAAUUGGACAGAUUUUCUUCAAAGAAAUGUAUCAACGAUAUAUUGCUAUUUGGUGGAGUUGCUGAUAUAAAUGAAUUAGCACAAAGAAGAUGGAAUUCAGUUUCAGGUUCUAUACAUAAUAUGUAUAUUGAAGAUGAUAGAGUUCUUUAAUAUCUCUUCAAGGUUAACUAUAUCUUCAAAUAGCCUUGUGGUUACAACCCUGUAAAAUUUGGAUAUAAAAAGAUUUACAACUAUAAUUUAACAGGAAUAGUUGACGGACACUCCGGUUAUUGGGACAAAUUAGAUAUGAUGAUGAAUAUAAGCGAUUUGAAUAGUAAUUACAAAGUUUUGGUUAAAGAUGUUAAAAAAGUAUUCUGA